ACGAAGAAUUGUGGUGAGAGUGAGACCUCUGUGCUUGAGCGCUGCAGGAAACAAACCAACAUGUCUGCUUUUACAAAGUCGUUCGUCAGCUUGGCUCGCAGAAGAGUAUUUUCCAGAAGUAUAAGGCAACAUUCAUCUGUGACAACUGAGCUGAUGGAAAACAUGGAUAAGAAAUCAGCGUGGGACCGCUUCUACUCUGAGACCAGCAGCAGGAAUCCAAACUUUAAAAACUUUGAGUGGUUCUUCGGCUUCGAUGCUGUGCAGGACUUCAUCAUGCCCCUCCUGCACACUGCGUCUCGUCCACACUCUCCUCUCCACGUCCUGGAUAUGGGGUGUGGCACAUCUGCACUGGGCCCCUGCAUCUACAGAGACUCGGUCCUGCCAGUUCGAGUCACAUGUGCCGACAUCUCCCCUGUAGCUGUACGGCUAAUGAGGGAACAUGUUCAGGCUGAAGCUAUUCAGCCUCACGAUGUUUCCUCUCACAUUGAGUUUUUAGAACUGGACUGCACACAGCUUGACACGUACUACGGUUCCAACAAUCUGGAUCUUAUUGUUGACAAGGGCACCACAGAUGCCUUGUUGAGGUCCAAGGAGGGGACGGAGAAGGCUGGCUUGGUGCUGAAACAGUGUCUGAGGGUGUUGCGGACCUCAGGAUCCCUGCUCCAGUUCUCAGAUGAGGAUCCUGAUGCCAGACUUGUGUGGUUAGAAACAGCUGCUCAGGAUCAGGGGCUGGUGGCAGCAGAUGUUGGGGUGCAGGAGGUUGGGGUGUUAAGGGGUGUGUGUUACUACUGUUACCAAGUGACUCUUCAUCAGGAUGUAAACAAAUGAAGUUUUUCCACCUCUGGAAAGUAUAAACGAGUUUAUUGUUAAAUAAAUGUUUAGGCAAGUCAUA